CAAUUGAUACUCAGUUUAUGCAUUUUAUAAAAAAUUAAUUCUAGUUCUUGUGCAGACUACAUAUGAGAACUUCAGGUAUAGAUAUGAUAUGAAGGAGAAUCCGUAUAACAAAGGAUUGAUCAAUAACAUCAAAGAAGUCUUUUUCUCUAAAAUCCCACCUUCAUCGAAUGAUUUCCGAGCAUAUAUUCAAGAAGAUGAUAUGGAAAUCGCUCAACAAAAUGCCAUUGGAAGUAUCAGUAGUUCAAUGGAAAAAAUCGAUAUUGAAAUUGGAGUCAAUUUUGGUGAGGAGAAUGGCCUUUCACUCCCAGAGAUUUUACGUAAUCUUGAAUGUGAUGAAAUUGAGGAUAGUAUGAAACAGAGGGAUGGGAGCAGAAGAAAUGAUUCUGAUUUGUUGCUUCCCAUUGAACAAGAAGGGGAAGACUCCACGAUUAGCUCCUCAAUCAAAGUCAAUGACAAUGCAGAGGAGAAACUUGAUGGUGCAACAGGACAGGCAUAAAAACGAGGUAAUAUUCUUUUUUCCUCUCUAAUAUAUGACAUUUCAGGUUGUGUUUGUCAACGUAUUGUCAUCACCACUGAAAGCAAAAAAUAAAACACGAAAAGUUUUUCCACCCAGAUUUAGUGACAACUAAUGAUUGCAUGCUAUUCCAUCAUUAAGAGCAUGUUAGCAUCAACUUCGAUCUUUUUCAUAAGUAUCUGAAACUUUAACUUGCACCUGAUGUUUCAUGAAUCGAGCAAUUUUUCUGCUGAAAGAAAUAGCAGUAGCAGAAAUGUAAACGACUCAUGGUUUUAGCAUAAUUUGUCUUGCCAGUUUGUAGCCAUUUCUUCAUAUCAUUUCUCAAUAAAUAUCUUGCGAGUUGGGGGUUCCACGUAGAUACUGGUGUUAGUGCUUUUCAUUGAUAUGAUUGAAUUAUAGCCCCUUUACUGGAUCUAACUUACAGUACGGUUUUCCGGGACCUCCAAAGACAGGUACCUAUGACUUCCUUAAAAAUUUUAUCAGCAAAAUAAUCUAAGCCGUCUAUUUUGGCAUUGUAGGGUAGCUGUUACAAUCACAUUAACUAGAACUUAUCCUUAAAAUCGACUUGUAAUAGGUGCCCAAGUGAUUAUUGGUCUACUAACUGAAUCUUAAUUUGGCGUUUUGGCACAAAAUUAGAAUCGAAUUAGAAUCGUUACAUUUCACUCGUUUUCCAUGCUCCAUAUUCCAACUAGUCCUCCAUUAGAAGUAGCCCGCCUAUAUCGCCCGUUAGCUAUAUUUGUAGAUACCAAUUAUCACCACCACGUUAAUUAUAACUCACCUUCAAAACUGACCUAUAAUAGAAAGCUGUCCAAGUCGGCAUAAUUGCACAAGUAUGACCCUUCCUAAGAUUUCGAGCACUCUGUAUAAAAUCUAUAAGAAGUUAUAAGUUCACAAGUAUGACCUGCCCUAAGAUUUCGAGCUCUUUGUAUAAAAUCUAUAAGAAUGCUGCCCUUUCAAUUAAUUAAGAAAUAAUCAUAAAGAAGGAAAAAAUA